ACUAGCAGGUGUCAUGGUCCUAACCUGUCAUCAAACUGCACUUGCAGGAGAAAUCCUUUACAUUGCCGUACUUGGUCUAUAUGGUAUCUCAACAAUGUUUGUAUAUUUUACUAACUUUGAGUUUGGAAUGUUGUCGAUGCCUAAUUGGCCUGGGUUCUGUGGAGGAAUCCAUGGCAUGAGUCUUAGUAUUGGUGCUCUUUUACUUCCUCAAAUCAUUAUCCUACUGAGAGAGACGUUCAGUGACUUUCAUAUCAAUCCUGGAACUAUUUUCUUUUGUCUGGCCAUUUUGAAAAUUAUUUCCUCAGCACCAUGGUUGCCAGUAGUGAGUCCAGAUUGUCAACAUAAAGCACUCAUUAAUGAAGGCACUCACACUGUAAGAAAUCAAGAUAUAAGAAAGAUGCACGUGCUAAGAAGCUGUACAAUGUGGUUGAUGGCAAUUGGAAGUUUUGCUGCAUAUGUACCUCCUCUUGCUCUUCUGGCUGUCCAGGAACCAUUGCUUCAUGCUCUGUGGAGUGAAAAUCAUGCACCAAUUAGUCUAUUGUCUGCUCUCCUUAUGAUGUCAUUUCUUAUUGGUCGUGUCUUAUGUUUAUUUUAUUCUGACAAUAUGGGCAUGAAGCGAGUGUGGAUCACUGCACUGCUGGCACAGAUAGUAUUUCUUGGUUGUCUUGGAUUUAUUAUGACUCAAAGAAAUGAUAGCUCAAUGAAGUAUGUUGGUAUGGCUGUACUUUCUGCAUAUUAUGUGAUAUUUCCUGCAUUCAAAUCAACAAUGGCCGGUUUUGGUCAUGAGAUGUUUGGUAGUCAAUAUCGACUACUUGCAGUCAGUGUCAUGUCUGUUAUGUCUGGAGUAGCAGGUCUAGUUGGUCCGGUGGCAAUUGAUACCAUUUACAACCACUUCAACAGCUACAGCUGGUUUUUCUUUGGAUCUGCAGGAUUGUCACUGAUUGGAGGAGUGGCUAUACUUGCUGUGCAACCUCAGCAUGAGUCUUAACGAAGCAAGAUGAAACACUAACAGUAUCUGAUGCAGCAGAUAUACAGAUACUGGUACAGUGAAUCAAUGAAUAAAAGUUUUAAUAAUGACAUUGCACAAGCAUAAGCAGUAAUAUUAUUUAUAAAUAUGAUACACAAGAUUGACUAUUAAUGACAUGAAAUCAAUUAUUGUAAAUGUGGGCCAGCUCAAACAGAUGCAGUAUCAAAAUUGAUUGUCAGAGAAUCCUUUUUUUAUCAUUUAUGUACAAGUGAAAGUUUUGUCUUUUAAGGAAAGACUGAAUAUGUAUGUUUCAGUCUACAUUGGGAAUGCUGAAGGCUUAAUUUUGCAAGCAAACAGCAGUCCAUGCAAUGCUUGAUUGUAUAGCAAUGCAUUGCAGGGAUGUAGAG